CUAAAUAAACUAAAUUUACUGCGAUUUUAAAAUAAAUCUAGCUUUAUUUUCCCGAUGUGUUCAAUGAUGCUGACGAAAGGGGGCGGUGCUGAAGAAGAACAUCCACGCGGCACCCGCAAGAAGAUACCCCAUCGUUAAAUGACAGACGGACAUUUGACAGAGCAGAAAUGGAGAGUUAUGAGGAUUUCUGUGCAAGAGUUUUGUCUAAUCUGCAAUCAGAAAUGAUGCAUCAAAUGAACUGCAGUCCUUUACCUGCUAAACGGGGAGCACAGUCCUUCAUCUGCUUUCAUGGCAGGGCCAUACUGUCUCCAGUGCUUAACGAGGAACAAAUAAGAGAGAUGGAUGAAUACAAGAAAAGAGCUAUACACCUGGAAGCAAAAAGACGGAUGCAUCAUAAAAAUAAUCUCCUUAAUCAAAUCCAGACCAUUUUGUGGACGAGUAAGGAACCAAAAACAUUGGACGUUCCAGAUCUUGUGAAGCAACCCACUUCUUCUACAAAAACAGCACACAACAAUGAAUGUACAAUGCAUGAUACUGCAAAACUAACACCUGGUGGUGGCACAGAGCCAUUUAUUUUAACUAGUACACCAUUAGCUGAGAGCUCGGGAGCCAUAGAAGCAAAAGCUGGAGAGGAAAAACAAAUAGAAGAGGAGAUUAAAAGUGAAGAAGUGUCUCUGCAGCACUUACUAAAGAAGUCACGUGAAUUUAUUGAAAAAGAACAAGGUCGCCAGGGGUCAAAGGUCAUCAUCAGCAAGAAGGCCGAUCCAAAAGUGAUGCCCUCCGAAAGCCCGUCGGAAAAAGAAAAUGGCUCCUCUUUACCCUUCUAUACACCCUGCAGUCUCCCACCCAGCCAAUCCUCUCACAGUCCUCUGAUCAGCCCGGAGCCCAGUGUAAGUCUCAGGCCCCACCGCGGACGCCCCCGCCCCAUCUCAGCCUGCAGUAUCUUCUUCACUUACCCCGACGACACCAACCAACCAAGCAUCACGGCCAAUGGGAGGUCACCGGAUGCCUUGACUCCAAAUCAAGAGAGGAGAACACUUGGAGUGGAAAAUGCGAAUUCAAAUCGAUUCGGUAACCACAGUAGGUUCAACACUGAAACCACGAACACAAAGGGGGGAUUAAAAACCUCUCCAGUGGAUCCUGAACUCACAAGCCCCUUGUUCAGGAGGAGAUGUCACACGAUGGAUAGCCAGCCACCUUCACGUCCACUUAUAGAUAGGAGUCAGGAACGAAUGCCUCGGUUUAUGGCCGGGGUCACUCCGAAAACUCCUCCUCGACUCUCUCCUACUUCACCAAUGAGGAAGACCUUCACACGAGAGACUCCCAUAUCUCCGUCUUAUGGCAAACUAGCAUCCGAGAUGGAAGGAAACAGUGUUAUUGGCACAGCAUUGAAGGAAAGGAGAACAGAUGAAAUGCAAUGGCAAAUCCAUGCAGAAGAAAUGCAAAAGCCUCUGGAGGAGGACUAUGCUUUCCGGAUGUCGUGUUUGGCGGCUGAGCAAGAGAGAGAACAACUGCGUCUCAUUCAGGAGUCGGAGGAUAGAGGUAGGAUACUCAGGGGUCAGGGUGUUUUGAGACCUGUAGCGGACGGGGAAGAGUGUGAAUUAAGGGCGGAUGGUGAGUGUUACCCGGUUGUCAGCCCCAUAAGCUCUCUGAGCCCUGGAGACGGGUCAUCACAUCAUUCGUUGUCCUGCAUUGGUUAUCCAUCUAACAUGUUGGAUAUCCAGUCACCUUCCAUACAGCCUUCUGUUUACAUACGAGGCCUAAAUCACAGCACAGGAAAAAACAGAAACAGGAUGAGCCAGGUUAUAACAGCAGAGCAGCAGAGGGCACUGUGUCACCUCUGUGCUAUUGUUAAAGGAUUUCUGACCAGACGACUCCUAACAACCGAAAAAGUCAAACAUUUGCGUCAAACUGUACAAGACACGCAGGAGUUUAUUCGUUCAUUCAGUGCCAAUCAAAUGUCUGAGCAGGAUUUCUGUCUACAGGAGCGAGUCAGAGCUCAGUUACGCGCGGCCCUGUUUGACAUUCAUGACAUCUUCUUUACGAUGACACUGGAGGAGCGUUUGUCUUUGCUACAGCAGGACCGAGAUCUUCGCACAGAGAGAAAGCUCAGAGAGAUGGAAAAAGCAAAAUCUCCAAAAGACAAGAUGAUUCUGUCUGCUGCUACCCAGAAAUCCCUUGAUAGAAAAAAACAGAGAAUGGGUGAAUCUCCAGGUCAGACGAGAAAAGUGCAGAAAACCAAGAGUCCUCCUACCAAACGGAUCCUACAGCCCAGUCAGGGUCAGAACGCUCCUGUUUCAGGCCAGCAGCUACCGCGUCGAGGGUCAGUACUUCAUCCUUUGAUCAACCCGUCUCCCUCUCUAAGCACUUCCAUUAACUUUAACACUUCUGUUGAUGGAAUUUGAACUUUAACUCAAUCUGCGGUGGACACUGCUAAAAAUGCCACGAAACCCACCAGACGUGUCAGCUGACAUUU